CGUUUCAAUACAACAUGGCAUCGAAUGUUUCGGGCAUUGUAGGGGAUGGUGACGAACGGUAUAUACCAGGAUCUCGAAGACCCGAUGGAACACUUAGAAAAGAAAGAAAAGUUCGACCUGGAUUCACGCCUGCUGAAGAUGUAGUACGAUACAGCAACUCGCGCAUAGAGGCGAGCAAACCUAGCCAAUAUCCUCCAGGGUAUACUCCCAAAACAAAGCCAGAAACAUCAUCUGUGGCCAAAAAGAAAGCGAAUAAGGUGGAAAAGGUUGAUUCAGGCGCUGGUCAACCCCGUCUUCAGGAACCUAAAUCCAAAGACGCACCAGUCUCAACGUCUUCAGCUUGCCCCGCGUCUUCUGCAGCAACUGAGAAGGAGAAAAAGAUCAAGGCACUUCAGAAGAAGCUUAGACAAAUUGACGAAUUGAAGGCUAAACAAAAUAGUGGUACAUCGCUUAACGCAGAGCAAUUAGACAAGAUCACCAAAGCCAAAUCAUUGGAGGAAGAGUUGAGCAAAUUGAAGAUAUGAGCUGUCGGCGAUCCCACUUGUAUAUAAUUUUGACUUUUUCGCUUUUUUUCAAGAUUUAUUUGCAUCAUUGUUGCAAUUGAAUAACUUUGGGUUUGACAAUAAAUCAUCCGACAUCAAAGUUACAGAAGUGUUGGUGGUCGUGACGAAGGCAGCGAUCACCACAGAUUAUAGAGUUUUGGAUGCCUCUUCGUGUAGUAAUACAUAUUCUCUCGUGCUGUCCCCAAAUUUAAGCACAUCGCUCAACUUGAGCUCAAUAUAACGAGUAUCUGGUAUCC